UGAUUAUUGGAAAAAUAUCAACAAACACAAAUUCGGAUGUAAUAUUAUAAAAUCUGAGUUUUUGUUCUAAGUCUUCUUCCUCCCAGUCCAAUCGUUGCGUUACGGUUUACUUCAAUUGUUGCAAUGAAUUGCCCAGCCAUGAGUGCAGCACCAUCUCCUUCUUCUUGCUCUUCUUCUUCCUGUUCCUCCUACUCUUCGUUUCGUCCUCUUCCUCCACUCUUGCCACAAUUGAGUAACAACGAUUCACAGAGAUCUCUGCACUACUCAAAUCUAUCAUCCCUUUCGAACCGUCUACUUGGAAAGCAUUCAUUGCCUUUGAGAGCAUUGGUGUCCUCUACUCCUUUAAAUAUCUCGUCUUCCUCUGUUAUCAGUGAUGAUGCUGUUUCGCCUUCCUCUGUUCUCAGUGGUGAUCCCAAAAUUGGAGUCUUGUUGUUGAACCUUGGUGGCCCUGAGACUUUAGAUGAUGUUCAACCUUUCUUGUUUAACCUCUUUGCCGACCCGGAUAUUAUACGGUUGCCGCCGCUCUUCCAGUUUCUUCAGAAGCCGUUAGCUCAGUUUAUAUCAGUAGCAAGGGCUCCCAAAAGCAAGGAAGGUUAUGCAUCUAUUGGUGGUGGUUCUCCUCUUCGCCACAUAACUGAUGCACAGGCUGAAGAAUUGAGAAAGUGCCUUGUGGAGAAAAAUGUCCCAGCAAAGGUAUAUGUUGGUAUGCGUUAUUGGCAUCCAUUCACUGAAGAAGCCAUUGAACAGAUAAAAACAGAUGGAAUUACAAAACUAGUUGUUCUACCACUUUAUCCACAAUUUUCGAUAUCGACUAGUGGUUCAAGCCUAAGACUCUUGGAGAGAAUAUUUCGUGAGGACGAGUAUCUUGUGAACAUGCAGCAUACUGUUAUACCAUCAUGGUAUCAGCGGGAAGGAUAUAUAAAGGCAAUGGCAAAUCUAAUCCAAAGCGAGUUGGAAAAAUUUGGUUCCCCUAGUCAGGUUGUAAUAUUUUUCAGUGCACAUGGCGUGCCUCUUGCAUAUGUUGAAGAAGCUGGUGAUCCUUACAAGGCAGAGAUGGAAGAAUGCGUUGAUCUGAUCAUGGAGGAGUUAGACAAGAGAAAGAUAACUAAUUCUUACACUCUUGCUUAUCAGAGCAGAGUUGGACCAGUAGAAUGGCUGAAGCCAUACACUGAAGAAGCCAUCACUGAUCUUGGUAAAAAAGGUGUUGAGAACCUUCUGGCUGUACCCAUAAGCUUUGUGAGUGAGCACAUUGAAACUCUGGAGGAGAUAGAUGUUGAGUAUAAAGAGUUAGCUUUGAAGUCUGGUAUCAAAAACUGGGGGAGAGUACCUGCCUUAGGAACAGAACCUAUGUUUAUAUCUGACUUGGCAGAUGCUGUUGUGGAAAGUCUUCCAUAUGUUGGAGCUAUGGCAGUCUCAAAUCUUGAAGCUCGACAGUCGUUAGUUCCACUCGGGAGUGUAGAAGAACUAUUAGCAACGUAUGAUUCACAGAGGAGGGAGUUACCAGCACCAGUGACAAUGUGGGAGUGGGGAUGGACAAAAAGUGCAGAAACAUGGAACGGAAGAGCAGCGAUGUUGGCGGUGCUAGCGCUCUUGGUGCUUGAAGUCACCACCGGAAAAGGGUUUCUGCAUCAAUGGGGCAUCUUGCCAUCAUUAUAAAUAUAAGAAACUUAUACUCUUUUUUUUUCUCUAUCAAAAACCCAUCCAAGAAUCUAAAUACUAGCUUUCACAUGUGGAAUAAGUCCCAGCUAUGUUGUUAUACUCUUUUUCUUUGUUGUAGAAUCUUGACAUUAAAUACUUCAUACUGUAUUUUCAUGAAACAUUAAACUAUUGUGACGAGAAGUAAGGGGAGAAAUAGACAUUAAAAUU